UGUAAUAGAAAAAGUUUUUUUUUUAUAAUUAUUUUUAUUUAUCAAAAACACUUAUGAAAAAUGAGAUGUUAUACAGAUAAUGAAAACGGUUUAAUGGAUACCAAAGCAGGAUGCUGGCCGUGUGACGAGUGUAACUGUACAUAUCCUCUGGAACAAUUAUUGGCGCUGCAUAAGAUACAGAAGCACAGAAUUAGGACUGAGCAGUGUGAUCAGUGUGAUGCGAAGUUCUUCACGAGGUAUGAUUUGAUGGUCCACAAUUUGCGGCACUCCGAUGAAAUGCCUUUUCAAUGUGUUGUUUGUGAUAGGAAAUUCAAAAGGCUGGUUCUUCUGAAACGACAUGAAAAGGUAAUACAUUCGAACAUACCACAGCUCGCGUGUCCGAAUUGUCCCGCAACAUUUCUGUCUAUAGAGGAACUCGUUGCUCACCAGAGUCGUCACGUACGCCAUUCGGAACGCAAUCAUGCAUGUCACAUGUGUGAUAAAAAAUUCCACGAGAAAGCAACACUUCAAAGACACAUUGAUCUUAUUCACGAAAAGAAACCUACAUUCCGAUGUGAAUACUGUCCAGAGCAAUUCACUUUAAUAAGUAAACUGGCUCGUCAUGUACGCUCUCAUGCUGGACAAAGACCUUAUCCAUGCAAAUAUUGUGAUAAGAGCUUCAUGAAAUCACACCACUAUACAAGACAUCUGCGACUGAAACAUCGGGAGACAAUCCGGAGUGCGCGUGGCCCAUUCGGACAACAGGACUAUAGGUGCGAACAGUGCGAGCAAUCAUUCCGUACGCAGGAUGACCUCAUAUACCAUUCUGCUAUACACGCCACGCAGAACCUCACAUGCCCGCUAUGUCAGGAGAAAUUCGAAAAUGUCGAUGCUGUCACUACACAUAUUAAAUCUCAUGUCAAUGGUAUCGAAUUCAUGUGCGAUUUAUGUGAAUUGGUAUUCACUACCAAAGAAAAGCUUGAAAAUCAUUUGACAACAGCCCACGCAGACGAAUUGGGUCAAGAUGAGUCUUCCACGGAGCUAGAAGGCGAUGAAUUUGAAGACGACAACGAAAUCAAUGUGAAAGAAGAAGACGGUGAAAUGGUGGUUGAAAUAAAGAAGACUGACAAUUUCAUGCUUCCUGGUGAACAAGCGGAACCCGAGGAAAAACCUGAUAACACUCAAUCAGAAGAUAGUGAACCUGAGACAACAUACACAGAACUGGCCACGGUGGACACCUUGGCCAUGGUGCGGAAAGAAACCGAUACCAAAACUGAAAUAAUCGAGAAACCUCCACAAGAAACUCCCAAGGAGGUUGUCCCGAAACCUGCCAAUCAGGAGGGUCCUACAUUGACUGCUAGUAUCCUGAGGAAAGCGGAAGAAAUGAAACGCAAAGUUCAACAAACUGCAGUAGAAACCGUUAGCGAAACAAAAGAAAAAAGUGGUAACAAAGUGGAGAGCUCGAACAGCGUGGGAGGUGCUAGUGACAAGUCUUUGCGUUUAUUAGAAAAGGAAUUGCAAGAAUUGAAAAGGACUAACACACGAAAUGAAGCAUCAAAAAUCCCACCGAAAACCAUGGAAAAUUUACGGAAUAGAAGACCACAGUUGUAUACUUCCACUCCUAAAACAAGACCAACAGAAGAAAAGAAGUCGAUCACAUCGAACAAGGCGUCUGUCGUCGAACGGAAAACAUUGGAACGUCGUAUGGUGACCAAAGAAAAUAAGGAACCAAAAGACGUUAAGGAAACGAAAGAAAUCAAGGAAACUAAAGAGAACAAAGAAAUGAAAGAAAGUAAAGAAAUCAAAGAAACUAAAGAGAUUAAGGACGUUAAAGACAUCAAGGAAACGAAAGAAGUUAAGGAUCCGAAAGAACCCAAAGAUGCUAAGGAGACUAGACAGAACGUCGUAACCAAAGAAGAGAAAGAUAAGGAAUCUCCAAAGAGUUUUAUAAAGAAUGGCACUGGCAGUAAAAGCGCGUCAGAAGAUAGCGUGCGACGGUCCACGAGACCCUCGAAAAUAAGGGAUUACGCUAAAAUGAUUCAAGAUAAAUCACAAGAUUCAUCAGAUGAGGACUCUGACAUUGAUGAAGAAUACAAAGAAGUUGAAAGAACAGAGACGCGAGGCCGGCCUCGUAGGGUCAGUGUAAAGGCUAACACUACUAAGUCUCCCGCACCUGUGGCGAUUCCGACUCCGCCGCCGGCACGCAAGCGUGGUCGUCCACGCAAGGAUAACGGAAAAGAAAUACCUGCAAAAGUGAAGAAAGAUGACGAUGAACAAGAAGCCAUGGAAACUGAAAAGGACUCCUCGGACGAUACUAGCAAUAAAUCGAAACAAGAAGACUCUUCCAACGUGAAAGAGUCCAAUAGUGCCCCUCAAGAGCCAGUCAACAUUGUUAGAAAAAAUAUAAAUGAAGUAACCAAAUCUCCUAGUACUGAUCAAAUAAUGCCACCUGCCAACUUAGUCAUGUCUCCCAUUGGGCAAACACUUAAAAAAGUACCUAUCAGAGCCCUUCCUCCAGGAGUUAAACCAUUGCCAUUGCCAGUCAGUCGACCAAUGGGUCCUGGAGAGCUAUGCGAGAUGCAAAUCGGCAAAAAAGUCGUCAAAGUACAGAAGAUAGUAAUGACAAAAGCGGAGGUAGAAGCGAUGGCUAAACAAGGUCUUGUAGAAAUGAAGGACGGUACUAUGGUUUUAAAACAAGGCAUAAAAUUACCUACAUCUGAUGCACUGAAAUCAACACUAAUCGGAGACAAAGAUGCAGUUAAAGAAUCUCCUAACAAAGUAGAAAAACCUACUGCAACACCGAGCAGCGUUGUAAAUGAAAAUUCAUAAUUACUUGUAAAUCAUAAUGUUUUAGUUUAAAGAGUAUCGUGUUCGAUUUUAUUAAUUUGAGUGUAGUUAUUAUGAAAUUUUAUAAUGUAAGUACACACAUAGUUUAACUAUAUGUUUUAUUCAAUACGAUAUAAUAAUGGUAAAAAUCGUAUUCAGUAUUAAAGUGACUUAUGUUGAAACUGGUUGAAAUCUCUUGAAGUUGAUAAAGUUAGUGUAAUAAUUAUAUCAUGCAUGACCCAUCUAUUCUCUAUUUUGAAUUAAGUCUAUGUUAUAUUUUAAUAUACAGAUAAGUAGUGUAUAUCAAGCAUUUAAAACCAUGGAAAGUAUGGCGUACGGACAAAGCAGAGUUCUACCAUUAUCUCACACAACUGUUUAGUUUCAUUGCAAUAAAAAUGAAAUAAUCUAUAGAAUAUUUAUUUAUGCAAUACUUUUUGCAUUCAAGAUAAUUUUAUGACGAUAUGUGUAAAUGAAAAUAAACAUGCUAUUGAAAAAUAAACAUGAGUAUUUUCAAUGGCAUCAACUCUUUGUUUUAAUUUAGAGGUACAUAAAUGCUGUCUUCACAUUUUGUGUAAUCUAUUUUUGUUUAUAUGUUAUAAAUGUAUUUGCCACUCCAUUAUGAUUCUGUUUUAUAUAUUUAGUCAAGUUUAACAGAAUCUAUAUUUCUUUGUAAGGCAUAAGAUAGAUACAAUAAAAUAAUCUAUAC